AUGCCGAGAUCUAAGGCCAAAGCAAAGGGUCGCACUAACAAGAAGCAACCUGCAAAAAAGCCAAACUCAGAUGUGAUAAUGGUGGACGGCCCGGUGCCUGACACAGAUUCCAUCCCAGUUGCCGAAAUUGUGCUCCCAACAAAACGAGCCAUACCGGAAAACGAAGAUACAGAAACUGUACAGAAAAAACCCAAGCCCAAUCAAGACUCGGAUUCAGAAGAUGGUGAAGUUGCUCCAGAUGUUUUUGUGGUCGUCGAUUGGAAACUACUGGAGCCCGAUCUCAAAAAGUCUUAUGUGGACGAGUUUGCCAAAUGGAAAAAAGACGAAACUAAGAAAAAUCCUCCCCCAUUAAAGCCCAAACGAGCAAAGUGGCAAUUCGAUGUGAAGAAGCCUUUCAAUGAUGCCGCAAAACUUCCUGAGGGAUGGGAAUGGCAUGAGCCCGAUCUCGACAAGCUUGACAUCGAUGCUCAAAUUCAAAGAUGCAAAGAGAGGAUUGCGGAACAAAUCAUGCCGUUUUAUUUCGAGCAAAGAUUGAAAGGAUACAAGGAAGCAAAGGCUAUACGCACCGCGAUGGAAUCCUCAGAGAAAGGCACUUAUAGCCUGGAUGUUCUCCAACGCAUUGAUACACUCAAAAUCAUAGAAAAGUCGUUUGAGACCGGAGAAGACAGAUACAAGCAGCUCCCCAACAUCAAAGCUCUGCUCAAAGCUUAUCGGUCCGGUAAAUUGGACUGGCCACACAAUUGGUACGAGUUCGAGGCAAUCAAUGUAAAACACAAGGGCUGGGAAAGCUUUUGGAUGGAAGGAUACGAUGGACCCGGACCCAAACCUCAAAUGGCAGCGAAACAAAGAAUCAAUCCUGAUGGACAGGGCUUACAUGAAUAUACGGCUGGUGUUCGUCUCACCAAUCUCACAGGCUCAAGUGUCCUUCAGCCCUUGACCUUUAUGAAACAGGUUGGAGCCGUGACCAAUGAGAAUACUCCAACUGAAGGGGAACCAUGGGAUGCUGUGCUACCAACUGCCUCUCAUCCUUGGUGGGCUGACUUGGAGUUCGUGCAUGACACCGGUGCCAGCGUUCUAUUUCUCUACUAUGAUGAUCUCGAUACUUUGAUGGGCAAUUUUCGACCCCCACAGGUCAAUUAUCCCCGAUUGACCGGUGCAAGCGUUAUCUUAGAUUUUACAGCAACGACUCAUGUGAGAAAUUCUAUCAUGGUGGAAGUUUGUUUACUUGUUGGUGCCAAUAGCAACACGAGAAUGACGCAAUGGACGAGAACUGUUGCAUCGCUCCAGCCUGGGACCUAUACUCCAGGGGUCAAUUUCAGGUCAGACGAUCACUGGAUGCGGGGUAUGGUAUAUCAAGCUACCCAACCGGACCGCGAUCAAGCACUGAGACUCGCGGUGACGAAGGGCGGCUUGGAUUUGGAAGCUAAACCACAACAUGCUCCUGACCCUCGGUGGUUUUAUCCUGGUCCGGAUCCCCCUUGGCCAGUUCCAUGGCUCCAACUGCUCACGCAGCUUCCUCUAGGAACGGUGGCGGCUGCUAAGGUCCCACCUCGACCUGCGCGGGUUCGUUGA